AUGGCAGUCCUCUGGCUUCUUUCAUGCCUUGCCCUUCUGGGGGGCACCUUUGGCUGUGGUGUGCCAAGCAUCAAGCCUAUCAUUUCCGGCUAUGCCAGAAUUGUAAAUGGUGAAAAUGCAGUGUCUGGUUCCUGGCCAUGGCAGGUGUCUCUUCAGGAUAGCACCGGAUUCCACUUCUGCGGAGGUUCUCUGAUCAACAGUCUGUGGGUUGUUACCGCUGCUCACUGUGGUGUCACAACCUCCCACCGUGUCAUUCUGGGUGAAUAUGACCGUUCGUCCAGUGCUGAGCCUAUUCAGACCAAGACCAUUUCUAGGGUCUUCAGACACCCCAGCUACAGCUCCUUCACCAUUGCCAAUGACAUCACUCUCAUCAAGCUCACCAGCGCUGCUUCUUUCAAUAACCGUGUGGCUCCUGUGUGUAUUGCCGCUAGCGCUGAUGUGUUCAAUGGAGGAGAGAGAUGUGUCACCACCGGAUGGGGCUACCAUUUUUUUUUAGCGCAAACCACCCCAAGCAGACUGCAACAGGUCUCUCUGCCUCUUCUGACCAAUACCGAAUGUCAGAGACACUGGGGAACAAAGAUCCAGAGCACCAUGAUCUGCGCUGGAGCAUCUGGAGCUUCCUCCUGCAUGGGUGACUCUGGUGGACCUCUUGUGUGCCAGAGAAAUGGAGCUUGGACCUUGGCCGGUAUUGUAUCCUGGGGAAGCUCUUCCUGCUCCACAUCUACUCCCGCUGUAUACGCUCGUGUGACAGCUCUUAGAUCUUGGUUGGACCAGACUGUUGCUGCUAACUAAAUGUUUCACUAUUAUCAUUAAUUAUUAAUAAACUUAUUAUA